UCAAGACUUCAGGUCAAACUACUAAUAUAAAAUGGCCGGCAAAGAAGACGGGACCGCGAUGAACAGCGGCAGUCAUCACAGCCACUCGGGUGCUGGGAAACGUCGAGGUGCCGCACGACGAAUGGGAAGUGGGGUUCGAGGACGAUCCUCCAACAACAGCAAUGGUUCGGGACAUUCCCGUGGCUCGGCAGGGCCACGACGGACCAAUACAUCCCCGAAUCCUCCCACCAGCCGACCGGCACCUCCCGGAUCGGCUGCCUAUCAUCGCUCUCACUCCGAUACUGUCAACACCCCCAGCAACAGCAACACCCCGGGCAGCAGUGUUUCCGAAGAAUCAGAUCCCUUUGAUUUGAGCACCGUCACAUCGCACACUCUCUUGUCCAAUUCCAGUGCUCAUUCCCGUCGGAGUCAUCACACGCACGGUAGUAACAGCGACGACGUCUUUCAAGAUGAACCAAUAACGUCCACCACGACGACACCCCGAUUCAGUACGUCGCGCUUGGGAUAUUCGACGGCCCGACACAGCGACGUUUCCGUCUCGUCGCAGUCACUCGGAUCCACCAUGCUGGCCGACCGGGCAGGUCGUGAUCUACGACAAGUCGAUCAGUCCGUCAAUAUCAUGGCGGGACAAUACGGAUCUGGAACCGGGGAGGAAAACGAUUUUACCAAGGAGAAUGGUCGAAGCAGUCUCGCUAGCACUAGCACCACUUCGAGUCGUGCCAGCAGACGUCGACAAACCAAGAGGGCCAGCUAUCUGGAAAUCCUCUUUGAUUCGGGGUCGACCAGGGUCAAUCGAAAGAGCAUGAUGGCCAUUGAUCUUGGACCGGAUCCCACUAAAAAGCCGAGAAAAUCCAUCUUUCAGUCAUUUACAUCGGAUUCCGGGAUGGUCCAAGAGCCGCUGUCCAUGAAAAUACAGGAUUGUUGUGAAAGGUUUUGCGAAUGCUUCUACAAGAUCUUUUGCUCGAUAUGGUUCUGGGGCACUGCGCUAGCUAUCGUGGUGACGUGUGUGCUAGUUUUCAUCGUCCCCCAUAACGGCGGCGACGACACCGGCAAUGUAACCGAGAAGACGACCAAUGCUCCCACGAAUGCUCAAGUCGCAACAACACCAUCACCCACGGCUGCCAUCACGAGUCUUACAGCCCCGCCAUCGCAAAUACAAGUGGUGGAAGAACCGACCACCGUGGAAGGGCGAAUGCAAGCGCUACAGACCAAGCUUUUCGAUGCAGUCCCGACUCGACAGGAAGAUUUCAACGACCCCAGCUCCAAAUCGUCUCUGGCUCUUGCCUGGUUGGCAGAAUUUGAUCCACUCAAGUUGUCCAUUCUCGAUACUCCCAUGGAUGAUCUCGUCGAGCGCUAUGCCUUGGCCACUUUCUUCUUCUCCACCAACGACAGUCUGGAUCCACAAGAUAUUUCCAUCACGGAACCUGCCGUUACCAAUGUUCAGUUGAGGAGACAGCGACGACAACAGCGUGGUUUGCAACAAGAUCAGCAAGAAAUGGGCCUGCAACCGUGGAUGUCAUCGGCGCCAGUCUGUGAAUGGGAAGGGAUGCGUUGCGAGAAUGGUCGACUCGUGGAGCUCAAUCGGACCAAGGCUGGAUUGACCGGAACGCUUCCACGAGAGAUGAUGGCCCUAACCAGUCUGGUGGAGUUGGAUCUCAGUCACAAUCUAUUCCAAGGUUCCAUCCCAACAGAAGGAGGACUGCCGAAUCUGCGAUUCUUGCUCCUUCAUGACAAUGGUAAGCUUUUGGGUGUGUGCAUGCAUGCAUUCAAACGUCGUGAUCAAAAUGUUCGAUCUCGUGCUAAUCUUUCCCUCUGCACGACCUCUCGCGCCGAAAUGAAUGCAGCACUGACGGGAAGUCUGCCAGAAUCGAUUGGCAACAUGUCGGCAUUGUACGAUAUUGACUUGAGCUCCAAUCAACUAGAAGGGAAACUCCCAAAGCUCGACAAACUCAGCAAUCUUCGUCUCUUUUUGAUGGAUCAAAACAUUUUCACGGGGACAAUCUCGCCUACCGUUCGAAAACUGGAGCACCUAGAAUACCUCUAUCUUGCUGACAAUAAAUUGGAUGGGGAGCUACCGUUUGAGAUAUUUUCCCAUCUCAAACGACUAGUCGAUCUGAGGCUCGAGAACAACGCAUUGACCGGAAGUAUUCCUCCAGAGGUCGGGGGCCUGCACAGGCUCGAGUUCAUCAAAAUGGGGAAGAACGCUCUGGGUGGCUCCUUACCUGAUGUUUUUGACCGUUUCCACUACUUGGUUGAGUUUGAUCUCCACAGAAAUGGCUUUCAAGGUUCGCUUCCGACUACUCUGGCUACGUUGACUACAUUGGAACGUUUGAAUCUAGCCGAGAACGCCUUCACCGGAGCCAUCCCGUCAGGCUGGGCGGAUCUACCAGAACUCUCGUCCAUGAUGCUCCAUCACAACCAUCUGGUCGGGCCCAUCCCAUCUGGCAACGGAUUGAGAAAGCUCCAGGAUUUGUGGCUGAACAACAACACACUAACCGGCUCAAUCCCCGAGGGCUUCGGUGAUUUGACGAGUCUCGUGGAUAUCUUUUUGGAAAACAAUGAGCUGGACGGAUCUCUACCGGAGUCCCUGGGGAACUUGAACGAGCUGGCGGUUCUCAAGGCCUUUCACACCCAACUGACAGGAACCGUCCCUCUUUCCAUUUGUGCACUCCGGACCACCAACAAAUUGAAGUACCUGGCAACGGAUUGUGUGAAUCAGGUUGUCUGCCGUUGCUGUGACAAGUGUCUAUGA